CAUAAAAAAAGACUACACAGGUUUGAUUUCUGAUGUGCUCUCGCAUUCAGUUUGCACUCCAGGCUUUCUCAAGUAGAUGUAGUGGAAUAUUUGCAGAGCAUUUAAAGUUAUAUAUUCAACUGACUAACAGGGAGCAGUUUGAUUCUCUGAAGAAGUUGGAAUGGCCAGUUCUCACUUGUAAGAGUGUUCCGUGGACCUCCCAUAAACCUCGUUGCUGUUUGCAUGGCUGGUCAUCGCUUGAUUCAACACGCAGCUCAACAUUGUCAUUGCCCGUUGCAGAUGCAGAAAAGGUAAUCGAGCAUGAUGAUGUGACAUCUGAUACUUCAAAGGAAAAGAUUGAAAACUCCAGAGAGGAUGGGGAACUUCCCUCUUUAACUUUAGCGACUGCUGGAGUAAAUGAUCUUAGUCUCACACCAACAGAAGGGAAGGCCAUUGAUGAUAAUUCCAUAAAGCUUGCUUUCAUCUCAAAGCGUGUCAUAUCCCCUCUUAACAUGGGGAAGUCUCCAAGCUUUAAGAAACAUGAGGAGGACGUAGACCUUAUUUUGUUGGAAUCAGAUAAUGAACUGGAUGAUCCAGCUCAAGCUGUGCAGGACGCUAACGACAUGCCUGGAAGUGCAUUGGCUCAUGUGGAUGACAAGUCAUGGGCUGACUGCAAGACCGUGGACUAUAUUCUUCUCUUAACCAGAAAUGUUCAUGAUGAGGAAAAGAUCAUGAGAUUAGAAGCUCAGGUUAAAAUAAGCAUGGAGUAUCCUCUUAGGCCACCGUUUAUAAGACUGAAACUUUACGCAUCAGUUCAAGAUGAGAGCUUUUAUGAGGUAGACUGCUCAGAGUGGUAUAAUGAACUCCGUGCCAUGGAGGCAGAGGUAAAUGUUCACAUAAUGAAAGUAAUGCCAACAGACGAUGAAAACAAAUUCUUGGCCCAUCAAGUCCGUUGUCUCGCUAUGCUGUUUGACUUUUGCUUGGAUGACCGAGAAAUGAAUUCCGAGAAAAGAACGGGUACGUCCGUGAUUGAUGUCGGUCUGUGCAAACCCGUCGGCGGUGAACUUGUCUCUAGAUCUUUCCGAGGUAGGGACCGCAGAAAAAUGAUCUCUUGGAAGGACACUGUCUGCACUCCUGGAUAUCCUUAUUAGUGAGUGUUCUGGCUUUUAACAUACUUGAAACAGGCAUUAUCCUGUGAGUUUCAUGUCAAGUUUUGUCACAUUCCAUUGAAUUGAAAUUUGAUUAUUAAUUUAUUACUAUGAGGCUAAUUCUUUUGAUACGGGCUACAAGUGUCAUAUGACACUGGUCUAUUUGGAAGUUCAACAGUGCUUCGUUGACCCUAAAGUAGUUCAUUCUCUUCUAAUCUCUCUUGUAAACCUCCCACCCCUGCUUGCCUUGUUCCCUAUUCCCUAACCUGCCCUAACUUGGGUCACAAAAUUUGAUAAUGGAUUGUCACCCAAAUUUGGGGCUAGAUUGGGGG